AUCUUUUUUUACAAUGCAGCUGAUUGCACUGAUCCUGGACAUCCUAAAAAUGGUUACGGGAUUGUUACAAGGAAAAGCAGUGGGUUUCCCGUGGGAACUGUAAUAUCUUUUUCCUGCAAUCCUAACUAUACCCUGGUUGGUGCUAAAAAGAUAAUAUGCGAGGUAAAAGACAACAAGUAUUCUUGGAAUGGGAAAGUGCCUUCUUGUAAGUGGCUCUCUGGAGGUAUGUAAUAACAACUUCCUUCAUUUUUGUGUUUACAGUUGCUACAGGAACUGCUACGCUAAGCUGUCAUGUGGUGAAGGCCAGGUUAAAAAAAACUGUACUGUGUGAUUCAGUUUGCGAACAAGGAGAAUCUCUUACGCUCUAGUCAUUGCUUGUCAUUUUAUCAGUUUUUUUCUAUUCAAAAGAAAUUUUGCUAAAAAGAGGUGAUUGUGGUUUCUAGCAUGCUACAUAACAUGAAGGUGAAAUAUGACCUGUUGCAUGGAAAAAUUGAUUUUCCUUGAAUGCAAGUAGUCAUACUUCAUUUUCUCUUUGAUGCUUGUCACUGGCAUGCUCUAAUUAUGACAUGAAGGUGAAGCAUAACUUAAUGCAUUAGAUAAAUAAAAUGUAAGCAUAACCUUUUUGCAUACAAUGAAGCCAAUAAAUAAAUAAAAAAUACUUGGGAGGAAAAUGUGAGAGAUCCACUUCCCCUACCCUUUUUCCUACCCUUCCCCCUCUUUUAUCACUCUGCCCUUCAUUUACAUACAUUAUGUACGUCCUUUUAUGUCCUUACUAGUCUUUUUUCAUCCUUGCUAGUCCUUUUAUGUCCUUAUUAGUCCUUUAAUGUCCUUAAUAGUCCUUUUGUCCCAACUGGUCCUUUUCAAUGCGUACUAGUCUUUUUAUGUCCUCACUAGUCCUUUAAUAUCCUUACAAGUGCUUUAGUGUCCAUGUUACAGGUUAAAAUUAAAUUCAUGUUAAAAUUUUUAACCUCAUUGAGUUGAUUCUCAAUUUCCUUUGUUUUCUAGCCGUAACUCAUGAAUUGUUGGGGUUGGGAGACAAAAGAAAUUGAGAAUCAAUUCCAGGUUAAAAAAAUUUAAACCUGAAUUUAAUUUUCAGUGUCCCAGCCAGAGUGUGCCAUUGUGUGAAUCCUGCAAAAGAUCAAGAGAUGGCCGCCACCAAAAGCGUUCAAGAGCCAUUAUGGCCCGUUCCUUCUUUAAUUCCGUGGGCUUAAAAAUGUCUCUGUUACUUAAACUACAAUAAUUUUCCAAUUUAAACAGAAUUUUUAAUCUAAAGAACAAUGACUCCAUACCUUUGUACACAACAUGAAAAUCAAUCGAUGAAUCUUCUUGAGUUUAUCUGAUUUACAGUGAGUGGUCUGGAGACCACUGAGCCUUGACUUAGCUUGUGUAAUAUCGCAGGAGCUCUUUAGGAGCUCAGGCUAGCAUGAUGUUCUUGCCCGAAAAAGGAUAAACCUGACAAACGCAUCUUUGAGGUCUAUCAAAAGUUUUUUCUCAGUAAGUAACGAAAAAGUGGAUAGAGGUGAAGCAGUUCAGAAGAAGUGAAAUUAAGCAGAUCUUGACAGUGAAGUGGAAAAUGAGAUGAAAAAAAUACUUACUAUUUUUAUUGCAUACAUUCUGAUUGUACUGUUUACUUUAUUACCGAAGAUUUCCUCUAUUGUGUAUAAAAAGGGAUGCUCCAUGUCAGCUACAAAUAAACUGCUAUUUUCAUUUCCUUAACUUUCCAACUGUUUCUUCUCUUUUCAUAUUAGACAGAUACUGGUGAAUUGGCCCUUUCUUGAAAAAUCUGGCCCGAAAAAAUGGGUUGUAGAGGCCACUUUGGCCCUCAAGCAGAAUUUUCUGGGUGGAACACUGAUUUUAACCUGUAACAUCUACACUGUACCUUUUAUGUCUACUGUAAGUCAGGAAGGGUGGAAAGCAAAAGUUUUGAUUAUAGAAACUGUUACAUGUACAGUUCAUUUUACAAUACCUGUGAGGAAGAAUUGAGGGAGAGGGGAGAGAUCCACUUCCCCUACCCUUCCGCUACCCGUCACUCUCUUUUAUCUACCCUGCUUGUCAUUUAUAUAUACAGUUAUUUUGAGAAACAUUGUUGGAAAAAAUGCACACAGCAACCCUGAAAGGUAUUUUGGGUGGUUCUUAGUUCAUGGUUCUUCAAAAAAAGUUUGAAAGGAUGGCAUGAGAGGCCAUGGGUGUAUGUUUGCGAGUGCUAAAGCAAUUAACCCUUAAGCCCCAAUAUCAACAUACAAAUUCUCCAAACUGAUCUCUAUACAUUUCCUUAAAGACUGAGUUAAGAGAAUUUGUUAAAAGAUCAAGGCAUUUUUACUUAGGUGAUCAUUUUAUUAAUUCUCAUAACUUAUCUGUUGACAGUGUAUGGAUAUUGUUUGGAGAAAUUUGAUCUUGGUCACUAUUGGGACUUAAAGGGCUAAGCAAUGAAAGUACUGUUGUAGGUGUGACAAGUACACACUGUACCUUAAUACCUAAGACUGGAAGGGCAGAAAGGAGGAUUCUUGAUAGGUGAAGCAGUUGCGUGUACAGUUUAUUUCACUAAAAUGCCCCUUUGAAAUUACCCAUGUCUCUCUUUCAGCUGGUAAAAUUCUUUGGACAGAAUUCUAUAUCUGCAGAGUACAGUUUCAUGUUAAUUCCAACGUACAUUCAAAGUUAUGUCUCAAAUUCUUUGAUUGUGUUCUCUAUCAUUGUUUAGAUUGCCCAUUUCCACCGCCAAACGUCCCUCAUGCCAACAUAGAUAAAACAAAGCAAGUGGGUUAUAAAAAAGGAGGCAAAGCAUAUUAUCGUUGUGUUGAUGGCUAUACUUCUGAACAAGCUGAACCUUACAAGCUAUGUGACAAAGACCCUAUGACUCAAGGAUUUAUUUGGAGUGGUAACUUUACAUGUAAAAGUAAGUAAGAAUGAGGUUAGUUAAUGGUACAAUUUUUAAAAUAAAAAUUAUUUAUUCAGAAGAAACAAGAUGAAAAAUGCUGAUUUUCAAAAAAUCAGCAUGUCAGCACAAAGAUUGGGAGUUACGGAAGAGACAUCUGUACAUGUAUUACGCAAUGUCUGGCUCUGAUGACUUCAUGCAAAUGCUUCUAAUCCUUCUAAAUUUGACUUGGAUGAUAACUUAAGAAGGACAUCUCUUUACUCUUAUACCCUGUAGUUGACUCUCUGUUUUCACAGACACCUCUAUAAGAAGGACAACUCUAUAAAACAGACACCCAGAGUUGGCCCCUGCCUUUCGUACCCCUUUGUUUUCCUCUCUAUAAGACAAACAUCUCUCUAAGCCAGGCACUACAUGUACGUCUUAGUGCCAUUCCUAGAGGUGUCAGUCUUAGAGAGAGUUGACGGACUGUACAUUUGUACACCUGCAUACGAUACCACUCUCUUAAGGAGUAGGGGUUCUGUCCCACCUAUAAUGCAUUUUGAUAAGCAUGUAGACCAAAUUAACCUUAAAAAAAAUUUAUUUUCUUCAGUUGAGGUUUUAGUCUGUACUAGACUAGAGUGGUCUAUACAGAGGCAUCUAACGAUUAUAAACUGUAUAGCUAAAUGUACACUGUAGUUACAGGCAGUCCACACAAUUCACAUCGAUAGGUCCAAAUUGAUCAAAGUAUAUCAACGCUGAAUAAAUGACAAAAUCAGAGAUUUGUGACAAACAAAUAAUUAUGUCUCCUGAGCAUUAUUUUUGAAGUUGCAAGCAACAGGGAUCAACUUUGAAAAACUGUUAGGCUGAACAGUUUUCAAAAACCCUAGUUUCAAUCCGUUUCAAUCUUCUUCAGUUUUGCCCAUCCAUGGUGUCUGUUGUUUCUGUUAUGUUAUUCCUUCAAAUUUUUAAGUGGUUAUUUUUAUGUUCCUCUUAAUUUAAUGGGCAUUUGUAAUUUCCUAAUUUGGCUGAAUUUCGUGACACAGCUCCUUUAAAAGCCCAACAUUCUGAAGGCAGCUUGUAGCUGUUAAUAAUAAUAUUUAAACAUGGCUAAGGAGAAAUGAUUUACAGUUGCAUUUAAAUACAUAUAAUUAUACAUGUUUGUAGCUAGAGUGAUUAAACAGCAUAACUUCUCAACACUCAAGUUGCAUGUCUACCUUGCCGAUCACUUGGAAAUUGUACCUCGACAACCAUACAAUGUAUGUUCUUAGAUUUCCAGUCAAGGUGCAUACCAACAUCAUGGUUGACAAAUUUCUCCUCAAUUUUGCGACAUUAUUUUUCAGCGUUGAUUUAUGAUUCGUAUGUGAUAUUACAAAAUAAUUAUGGCAUCAUGGAAUAACAUUUACAUCUCUGUGCCAGGUUAGUUUGGUGAUAAAAAUGCUCUAAAAAACCCAAACACACGAAAAAGCACAUCAAGAAGGACUCUAUAAGGGAUUUAGUCGAAGUAGUAUUUCAAAAAUUUUGAAAUUUAAAUAAAAUUUAAGCUCUAACUUUUUAAUGUGUGGAGUUCUUGACUGAUACAUCAAACAUGGCAUAAACCCACAACUGUGAGGGUAUUGUCGACCAUGAUAUUGGUAGGUAAUCAAAAUUAUUGGUAUACUUGCAUAAUUUCUUGAGUCAGGGAAAUUAUUAGAAUUGGACAAAACACGAGUGAAAUUGUUUGCUUAUUGGACGUAAAUGUACAGUGUAUUCUGUUACACUUUACAUGUACAUGUAUGCACAUACUACAGUGGUUAUGCAAUGCUUUUGAGUGGUACACCGUGAAAUAUCCCACAAGUGACAUAAUUUUUCUAAGUAUACACACGACCCUUUAGAUGAUUGAAAAAAGAAGACCAACUUGCAACUUACAUUGUACUUUUGAGUAGUAAGCUGUAAAUUAAUCUUAUUGUUGCUUCUUUCAAAUAGAAAAAACUUGUGGCAAUCCCCCUGCCCAAAGCUUAGGAGAUGGAAAUUACAGAUUGUCUGAACUUGGCUCCAGUACUGUUGCCACAUACCGCUGUUCCCCCACCUUCAUCCUCAAGGUUAAGCUGCCUUUAAUACCUGCCAUCCUCGUGGACAAUUAUAACAUAUCCUGUAAUCAGACUGGUUGGUCACGCGUUACACUUACUUGUGGUGAGUUCAUGUAAAUACAUAAUAAUAUUGUAAACAUAAGUACUACAUUGGUUAUCUUAUAUUAUCAGUUCACUUGCAUUUUUUACAUUGUACACUGUAAUAUUAUUGAUAUCAACUCACAAUGAGAUAUUAGUGCAUAACAAAUUUUAUUGCUCACUUUAGCAAAAUGUAGACCCUCCAAGAUCUUACACCAAACAGUAUAAACAUGUAAAGUGACUCUUUCUUCACCUACACUAAGCCUUGAAAACAGUGGACUGACAUGAAUAUUAUCAACAUUGAAUACAAUGAAAUCUCAAAAAAAUUUUUGCAUAAUCUGUAUAAAAUAAUGAACUAAAUAAUGCUUAGUUUGGUCUGCAAAGCCUCUGAAAGGUCAUGUGACCCUUUGGGAUUCUACGGUUACAAUAAUGUGUAAAAAGAUCAUUAUAAAAGUAUAAUUAUGCUAUGACUUACACUGUACAAUAUUGUGUAGCCUGUGCCAGGCUCUUGGUCAGUGCAGAUGAGCGAAAACAGCAAGUGAGCUGUGAAAGAGUGAAUGAGUGAGAAACUGCAGGAAGAGAGAAGGAUAGAGCCUGUAAUCAUCUUUUCAAAUACAUGUACAUGUACCUCAAUCCACGCACUACCCCGCCCACUUUCUGAAAAACCAUUUCCCAUGUCAAUGAUAUGUCACGUGUCACAAUUUCAAAAGGUGCAGUGUAGGAGGGUUCGACGGUCAUGCUGUACAGAUGUACAGGUUCGUUAGAUUCUGUGCACUCAAAGUCAAAUGUUUGACAUAAGUGUUAAAGUAUACUGUCACAAUUGACCAAUCAUAGGGUAUACCAGGAACUGGUAUACCAGAAUGAGGUAAUGAAAGCAAUGCUAACAGGCUCAACUACUCCAUCUUUUUCCAGCCCCCACAUGGUUUUCGUGCAACUUCCUCACUAUCUAGGGGACUGGGACAGGCUAAUUAUGUUACUUCCUCUUAAUAGUACUGGAAAAAUAGAACACCUACUAUGUAGUCAGGUCAAAUGUACUGUACUUAUUCAGUAAAGAACAGCUGGCUAUUAGUGACAGUAAAAAAGCCAUUGUAUCAUUAUUUAUUUAUUAAUUGGCACAUUUGAUCCCUUUACAGUUAAAACCUGCAGAUCUCUUUCUAGACCUAAGCAUGGUCGUAUUAGUUCAAUCCAACCAAGCUAUGACGUGGCUGGUCGGCCCAGUACUGUUGUUUAUACAGAAAAUGUGAAAGUCAAAUUUGCCUGUGAUAUGUACUACAGACUUGUGUUAAGUUCAUCAAUGACUUGUUUGCAAUCAGGCUAUUGGAGUAACAUUGAACCUCGUUGUGGUAAGUACAUUAUUUAUAUCUUUGUGUUUUAGAUGAAACGUGUAUAUGUUUCAUUUAUUAAAAACUGAAUCAUUGGAUAAUGGCAUGCUAGAGCUCUGAUUGGCUUAGCCAUCAUGGUGUUAUUGGUAUAUGAACCAUUAUACCAUGCUCUCCAAAUAAUUAUGGUAACCGUACACGUCUGCUCAAUAUUAAAAACAAGCUGAAAAUGGGCUGUUUGUACAAAUAAAGUCGGAAUGAAUUCUCGAUAUUUUGUGGGCGUUUUUAAUAAAACAAUUAGUCCACUCGCGCUUUUUGGAUAUGAGAUGAUUGUAGCCAACUCGACGCUACGCGCCUCGUUGGCUAUUUAGCAUCUCAUAUCCAACACGCCUCGUGGAAUAAUUGUUAAGUAUACAUGUACUUUAAUUGAGUAACUCAGUUUGCGUUAGAAAGAGAGAGUUACCUGUAUUUUGCAUCUGGUACGUCCUUGCCAUAUAAACGAACAUAAAAAGCAGGUAGAAAAAGGGUUCUAUCGCGGAAAAAACAAGGUCACUUUUACGACAGAUUAACUUGAACUUAAAAAAGAACGCGCUAUUGCGUUCGUGAUCCAUGAAAACUUUCAAGGAUCACGAACGCAAUCUUAGAGCCAAAGAUUAGUCAUGUUACGGACAGAAGUGUGUCAGUUAUUGACUGUUACAGCAGAUCUUUAUCAUGCCAAGCGGCCAGAUAAUCUGAGAAUCGUUUGACGUCACAAAUUAAGUAUUUGUCUUCUUACUUGUACACGAGUAUACACUUUUUGUUUGCAUUUGGAGCAGGCAUUUGAGACUGUACUUGAGGAAAUGAAGCUUGAUACAGAUUUCCCUUGAAGAAACAUUGGCUUGCACAUUGGUUAAUCUGUCGUUAUUGUAAACAGAAGUUCUAUUCAGGACUACGCUCACUCGGACGAUCGUACUCCAGCACAGGGUAACCACACAAUCCGUGUGUGUAACCGAUUGUUAUUUAAAAUAGUAAAUGUACUAGAUUUACCGUUUGCUUCACCUAUAACGAUAUACUACACGGCGAACUUAAAAUCCUUCCAAAUUGCUCAAAAAACCGCUUUUAAGGCGAAAGGACGACAAUAUACCAAAAGGUGAGGUAAUUCAACGUUUAUUUAACAUUGAUUUAUAGACAUAGCUAGUGAUAUAUCGCUAUAGGUGAAGCAAACGGUAAAUCCAGUACAUUUACUUUUUAAGUAACAAUCUGUUACACACGCAGAUUGUGUAGGUGCCCUGUGGCUCCACCAACUUAUGAAAUGACUCCUAGGUCCAAACCUUGCACAGUUUAAAGUUCUUUUAGUGACCUGGAAAAUGCCUGUUCUGUAGGCUAGGGUUGAAGGCUCAAACUACAGUGUUAAGACAGCACUGAGGUCUAUGAUCCUGAAAGGUAGCUUUUCUCUCACUACUUUUUUCAGGGCAUCCAACGACUGUUUUCUGUGAAACAUCUCUUCGGAAAAGCAAAUAUUGCCUAAAAUCUUCUGUUGGUUGAGGACGGCUAAAACUUUCUAGAAGACCGUUCCAUUUAUGUAUAAUGUUCGAAGCUUAUCUUGUAAAUUCCGUACGAUUUUCUGAAGUUAAGUCUUUCACAAUUCACUCUUCAUGUUGGGCUAUUUUCUUAGCAAAAGGAUACCCAAAAUUUUCGAAUUUUAGAAUGUGAUGGAAAGAGGAAUUAGAAAAAUGCUCAUAUUCGUAAAACGUUGAAUUUCAUUUAAAAUUUUCAGGAAAAUAAUAAUGAAACCCUUGUAAUUUCGAAAAGACUCAAGUUCCAUUAGGAUGACUGAACGGAUACAAAUAAUUGUGGCGCCGCUUAUAAUGCGAGAUCUAAAAGUAAUCUGGAUAGCCUAAAAAGUGUUUUCAAGGUAUUUAGGAGGAAACCGACGUUGGGUGCUCCUGUUUUGUAGUUAACAUUUUCUUUUUGCACAGAUAUCUCGAGAGAUUCGAACGGAUAUCCAUUCCGUUUGAACAGCUAGCUGUUGAACGGCAUACAAACGGCUGUACAUUUCAAAACGGCAAACCGUUAGGAGACAGUGUUGGAAUGAGAGGUCAUAUAUCUUUUGAAAACUGUUUUUCGUGUGAAGAUUUGACUAUUGAAACUUUCCGUCUCUAACAGUACCAUCAGCCUGUGGAAACCCUGGCAACAUAUCAAAUGGUCAUGGAACGUUUAAUAGCACAUCCUCUUCGAAUGGUCACCCAAUAUGGACAACUGUGACUUACUCCUGCAUUAGUGGAUACCAGCUUAUAGGAGUCAAGACUCGGCAGUGUCGUCCAAACGGCCAGUGGAGUGGGAUAGGAAGUCCAGUAUGCAGAGGUAACAUACCUAAUUCUCAUUGCAUCAGUCUUAUUAUGUCCUCUUAUGAUAUUAUGACAGAAGGGAAAAGUGAAAAAGGGAUUUUUCGGCCUUUGUCAUUGGUACAUGUUCACAUGAAUCGCGUAGCAAGAGAGGGUCGCAGCGCUUGAAAAAAGUCCUGUGCGUUAGAGCGAUUUUUGUAUGACCUUGAAAAAUGUUUUCGGUAAGUGUUCGUUAUUUGUUUUAUCAGCCAAUGGAUGAAAAGAUCAAAACAUGGACUCUUCGUUUUCCCGCCAAAAAAUACGCUAAUAUGGAGAAGGCAUUGUUCGAUUGGCCAAUCGUGUUGCAGUAUGACGCCAUAGCAAAGUAUCGAUUGGUUUCUAGAAAGUUCUCGGGCAUGAAGUUUUUUCACCCAAGCGUUCGCUUAACCAGCCAAAAGCCACGCGUUUGUAUCCGUUCGACUAACCAAUCAUGUCGCUCUAUUCCGUAUUUUGUUGUUGUUGUUGUUGUUUCUGUUUCGUUCGCGCGUUUUCAUUUCAAGGUCAUACGAAAAUUCGCUCUAGUUGAGAACGAGUAACAUCUCUUGCUCGGCAAGUAUCCUCCACCUCUCAUGGCUCAAGGCUCCAGUCAAGUCACCCUCCAAUCUGGGCAAGCAAUAAUGAAGACCUUUAGAUUCUAAGACGAGUACGACUAAGAGUACGAGAUUUUCUCAGUACUAAGUUGUGCUCGCGCGUGAACCAGCGCCAUUUUGGCGGGAAAACGUGAUAGCCGUCGUCAUUCUACUACCAGUUUUAGCGCGAAUGUCUUGGUGGCGGGAACAAGUUUUCAAAUGUUAGAUUUUUUAUCAUUUUGCGAUCGGGAAAGCACGUAACCUCCUUCACUAAAGAUAACAGUGCUAACUUUUCAACUAUAUGACGAAAAAUGACCCCUUUGCCCGAGCCAACAGUGCUCGCGUUCUCUCCGACCUUGGGGUGGUAACUUACUUUUGUGUGGUACAGUACAUGUACAAGAAGUUGUCAAAUCAAAUAUUAAGCAAUGAUAAAAAUGAUCAUGAUGAUGAUGAUGUUCCUGAUGAUGGUAUUCUUUUCUUGGCAGAGUCGUAUGUAACUUGCGGAUCGCCAAGAAAGAUCCCUCACGGCCAAUACAAACAUGUCAAGCUAACCUAUAAAGUGAAUGUCCGCGUUGAUUUCUUUUGUGAGCCAGAAUAUUUUCGUUGGGGUGCAGCUUCUUUUCGGUGUACCGCUAUACCAGGUACCCUAAAAGGCUACUGGCGGGAGGUGUGUGACGAUCAGUUUUCCGAUUAUUCAUGCCGCGUUGGAGGAAGCACUCAAUGUCUCCCACCUACUAAAUAUGGAGAGAAAUGUGAGGAAAGCGGUGGUCACGUACCAGGAAAUGGCGGAACCGUCUGUGUUAAAGGUAGGUACAGUAACUUUACCCUUGUUGUGAGGUUGUGCCCAGGCGGCGGGGGAGUGUUGGAGAUGAUCAAAAGGGGGCAAAAAUCUUCACCCCUCCCCUUCAAAUAAAAUCUUUAGGGUUUUUAACAGCUGAAAUUCCUAAUUUCGAAAUUUUCUAUCAGAAUUUUAAAUAUAUUACACACAAGAACAUGGAAACUGGACGUUUGUAGAUACUCAUACACCGUAUCUUUUCCUCAUCUUGUAGUUUAGAACAACGCGGGCGGCACGUGCGUGCUGAUGCCGCUGAUGCCGUACUACGCCAAUCCAAAUUGUCUCACCCAAGAAAAUCCCGGUUCGGAUAAAUUCAAGCCCCAAAAAUCAUUUGGUGAUCCCUCCGUUUACUCGGAGUAUCCUGCCCUGGAAGGUCGUGCUUGAGCUUAAGACGGUGAUUUGGGAGUCGAAAAACGAAUAAGCGGAAACCAUAUUAAAUGGACACGAGGACCAGGAGGCCAAAUUUUUACCUCCUAUAGUGGCCAUUUUAUCUUUUGUAUCUUAUGGUGUGAACAUGCAUUCAAAUGAAACCUCUUUAGGAUUACUUUUACUUGGUGAUGAAAGAAGAAUCUUUGGUUACUUUUAGCGUAGACUCUUUUUUUUUGUUUUUGUUUGUCUCACUCAGAUCGGCGUUCCAUUUUAUACUUUAUACCACUGCAUGAGAAAUUUCUGCAAUUUGAUUGGCUUAGAGCAGUGGUAUUUCAGCUUAAUUUGAAAUACCUACAUGUGAAAAUUACAAACCCCUUGUGGGUAGUAGUAUAAACAAAUAAUAGCAUGAUUUGUACGUGAUAUAUGGCAUAAAUACCACCCGGGAUAUUUCAAAAUUGUCUCAAAUUUCACUCACCUAACGGCUCGUGAAAUUACGUAUAACAAUUUUGAAAUAUCACUUAUGGUAUUUAUGCCAAAUAUCACUACAAAUCACCUUAUUACCUAUACUAAUUGUAAACGAACUUUAUAUCCAUUAAGCAAUCAAAAAAUUCAAAUCUCACCUUGAAAUGGUUUAUUCCAAAAUAAGAGACGUCUGCGCGGUUUUGUUUUUCAGCAUUUUACAAAAUAAAAUUUAGCCACUUUGAACGUGAAAGGAUUAACGCGACUUUCGCUGUGUUAACAACUAUCGUCAUUUUUAUAUUUCAGGAACAUCUGGCUCGACUACGACUGACAAUUUAGUCUCUAUCAAAUCUGGUGAUAAUGAACUGGAUAAAAUGACGAUUGUUGUUGCGACCGCUGGUUCCACUCUCGGUGCUUUAGUAGUGUUGUUGACAGCUUUAGUUUGUUUUCGGCGCUUUCACCGGAGUCGGCGUUUCCGACACUCGGCGUUUAGAAGCCGACGUUAUAGCGACGACGACCGAAUUGCGAUAAUUGCUGCAUACACCGGAGACGUGCACUUCAUUCUGCCGUCCUACGACGAAGCCAUGAGCCAAGUGCAAAGCUCACCGCCAUCUUUUGAAUCUGUUGUAGAGAAUAGACAAGAAGGGGGAAAUCAAAUUGCGUCGAACGCUAACAGCCAGUCUGUAGAUACUAACGAAAGAAAUAUCGCUGCUAACGGAACAGACGGCGCUUCCGAGGUCAGCCGUCCCGCAGCGAGUGUUCCCGAAGGAGGCCCGAGCACAGGCGAAGAACGACUGAUAAACAUCGUGAACAAUCCGUUAGCUGAUAGUUCACGUGAAAGUAGUGAAACUACAAGUAUUAAUCACUCUGAUAAUGUUUUGCUCCCGGUUGAGGAUCGUAUAGCUGAUAACGACUCUUCGCCUAAUCUUUGUUCGGAGAACCUCCCGAGCAGUUCGUCGGAGGACGAUCUUACCUCCAGCCAGACACAGCCGUUGCUUGGCAACAGGGCGAGAGGUGUCAUGGUGUAA